GACGCAUUUGUUACUGUUACCUUCGAGUCCUUCCACCGAAGAAGGGGAAGGGAAGGCGGUGAGUGAGCGCAACGUCGAUGACACGACAACAGCGGCGCAGCAACCACAUACAGCACAACACCACGCAGCAUCGUCAACGACAAGCAACCCAACACCACACACACACACACGCACGCACGACAGGGGAAAUGGAGUGGCUGCGGGCAGCAAACGCGUGGGUGGAAGAGACCUUCUACAGCCUCGGGCUGUACUCGCGGCUGCAGGAGGCCAAGGACGAGCACUUUGCUGAGCUGAGGGCGUUACACCAAGACGAGCACGUCAGCCACGACAACGACGCUUUUGACGAUGAUGGCGGUGAUGAUGCCGACAACGACAACGACGACGACGACGGCGACGAUGUCGAUGGGGUGGACUUGGUGCCCGUCGCCUUUAGCGACUACAUUCAACGAGACGACCACCUCGACAGCGACAACGACGCUGACGACGAGGAAGACGGCGAAGGCGAGCAUGACGAGCAUGACCUGCCACCGGUAGACGCCAUUGUGGAGGACCUUGGUGAGGAUGAAGCGCCGCCUGCGCUCGGCUCCAGCUUAUACCGGCUGGAAUGCGACGUUAUUGACGUGACCCUGUCGGAGGACGCCGCCGAAGACGAGGAUGACCAGGCCCCCAACGCGGCAAAUGUGGGAGGAACACACGACACGCCACUCGUCCUCUGCAACAGCAGCAGCAACCCCAAUGAUGAUCAGCGUUGAUGGUGGCGCUGCUCGUGUGUGGAUGUGAUGCUGCCGCCCCUCGCUCUGUCACGUCAUGUUGUAACCUAUCACCACAGCCUCUGUUUUUUUUUUUUUUUUGCUUCUGUGUAAUGUAAUUGAAUCACCUGGCACCCAUCAACAGCUGCUUUGUGAGCACAUGCCCAAAUAAACGGCUUGCC